GCAUUUCCUCAAGAUGAUACUAUUUUGUUUCCAUCGCGCGAUUGGUUCUCUAUUUGUGAUAAAAAAGAUAUUAUGGAUAUUGAUAUUAAGUUUGCUCGAAAUGCUCUUUAUCAGAUACAACAAAUUGUCGAUGAUACAGACAUUAAGUUGUGCUACCUGGCGGUUGAGCGCCUUCACGAUACGUCAAGCGGGCGCCAUUCUGCGAAAAGUAUUAUUAAGCGUGAUACUAUGAAUCUCACACUUUGGAACAGUUAUGCACAGAUAGAAAGAUCGUCGAAUAGAAUUUCAGAGGCGCGUAAAGUAUAUUUGGGAGCGCUCGGCCAGUAUCGUUCGUUUCCCGAACAAUUUCGCGAUAAUGCACCAUUAUUACAUCUUUCGUUUGCUGAAAUGGAGCUAGAACAAGGAAGGCAUAAAACCGCGAUAAAUAUUCUUGUAAAUUUGUCUGAAGAACAAGGGUCCAUAGAUUCAAUAUCUGAGACUGAUGUUCCAGUCACAAAAUUAUUGAGAGCGAGAAAGUACUACGCUCAGCAAAUUGCAAGGAUAACAUUUUCCUCAACGUCAAAAAACGAUUCGAGUAAUUUUUUGCAUUAUUGUGUAUGCUACGCAUUAUUGGAAUGCCUAAGUCAGAAUCUGCAACAAGCAAGCAAAGUAUUUGAAGAAAUUUUACAAGAUUUGGACAUUAGGAUCGGAAAUAUGAACAUGAUCUAUCGGCAUUCUUCCUUACCUUAUUUCCGUGAGUCGGGUGACGACUCCGGGGAAUUAUUGCAAGAUGUACUUAACAGGGCUCUGAAAUUGUUUCCUAAUAAUACCGUAUUUUUGUCUUUGUAUUUUCACGAGGAAGUUUGUGGAAAGAUACCGCUUGGCUUUCAAGCAUUUUUAAAAGGAGCUUUACACAAAGACCCAAGCCAUAUUUUAUGGACUGUCGCAAUCUAUGACGAAUUACAUCGUCAACAACCAUAUAAUAUUGAUCGUGUAAGAUCAUUAUUCAAUAAAGCUUUAGAGUGUUCCGGUACAAGGAAUUCUGUUUCUUUGUGGAGUUUGUACAUGAAUUUUGAAAUAAAUCAUGGAGAAUUCCAUAGAGCAAAAACUUUAUAUUAUAGAGCUGUAAGGGAAUGCCCUUGGUCAAAAGUUAACAAUAUGAGCGAUUUAGAUCUUUACACGAUGGCCUUCCGUGAGCUAAAGUCACAAUUCAAGGCUGAAGAAUUAGAUGAAAUCAUGAAUGUGAUGAUAGAAAAAGAAAUCAGGCUGAGGGUUGCAAUUGAAAUUUUUGAUGAUGGUACUAUACCUGCAAAAGAUUUGGACACCGAAGAA